GCGCCCCGAGGCAGCCGGGGGCCAGCGCCGAAGCCGCCGCCCGCGCUGAGCCGCGGCCCGCGCCUGGCGGAAGCAUGAGCCAAGCCGAGCUGUCCACCUGCUCGGCGCCGCAGACGCAGCGCAUCUUCCAGGAGGCCGUGCGCAAGGGCAACACGCAGGAGCUGCAGUCGCUGCUGCAAAACAUGACCAACUGCGAGUUCAACGUGAACUCGUUCGGGCCGGAGGGUCAGACUGCGUUGCACCAGUCGGUCAUCGACGGCAACCUGGAGCUAGUGAAACUACUGGUCAAGUUUGGCGCGGACAUCCGCCUGGCAAACCGCGACGGCUGGAGCGCGCUACACAUCGCCGCGUUCGGCGGCCACCAGGACAUCGUGCUCUAUCUCAUCACCAAGGCCAAGUACUCCGGCGGCGGCCGGUGAUGCCGGUCGAGACCCCGGCCCGCACGCGGGCCCCGCGCGCGUCCUCCUUGCUGUACCUUCCCGCCAACUACCUCGGUGUGCGCCCGGCCCUUGGCGCCCGCGGCCACCACGAGUCCGGCGCGCACGUCCGUGCCCACCGGGGACCGCGCACGCCCGAGACCGGGGGCCGGGGCCGCCUCCCCCCGCGGCCACCGGGGACCGGACGGGGCGCUUCCCACGGCCCCGCCCGCCGCCGCGCGGGUGGGGGAGGAGCGCGAGCCCCAGCCCCUUUGAAAUUUGAGUCUCGCCACCAGCAAGUUCGGAAUCCCGAGACACCGGAUCCUCCUGCUCGAAAUGUUUUCUCCCGAAGGUGGAAGGACCCGUGGCCGACGCGCGACGGAGGAGACGCUCUACCGUUCCCGGGGCUCUAAACUAUUUAUCACGUGUGUGCAUAUUUGUGGGUGAUGUUUGUGCGCCUGAAUUUUGUGUUUGGAAAAUAUUGUGCGUGGUCAAUGUGGUUAAGCGGGGUGGGGGGGGUGGGUGGGCGGGGAGAUGUACUUUUUUUUUUUUUUUUUAGUCUUAAAACUAAAAACUUGAGUCUUGUCAUUUCUUGGUUGCACUGAAAAUACCGCCGGCCUGAUGGUUCCCCGCGCUGCUCCGUCCCCUCCGGCUUCUCCCCCUCACCUCCCCUCCUCCUCCCGCCCCGCCUUCCCCUCUCACACACACGAUUCCGCGUGAGUUUUGGAAGCCCCGGGUCCCCCUCCCCUUCUCCGGUGAGAGGUCGCCAUCCGCCAAGCCUGCCGGUUUGCAGAGCUUCCGUGGGAGCCUGGGUGCUCGGGUGUGGCGGUGACGGAGGUAGGGAUCAAGCCUUUCUAGUUAGUUCUAUUAUAGUUAACAGUCGAUUGCACACUUUUUUAAAAAAAGUAAAUGGAUUUGCCACAAUUAAAUGUCAUAACAUUUAUGACAAUAUAAAAUAUUAACAUAUUUUAAGCCAAGUUUUAGGUGUAUUUUUUGAAUCUUGGUUAUAGACCCAAUUUUAAAGGGCGUUGUAUCCAGCGUUGUGAAGGCAACUGUACCCAUAUUUAUAUUUUUAUAAAAUGCCUAUAAGACUGUGAAUCUCUUGUGCUACUUGCCGAGUGAGCUGAAGGGCCCCUUUACCCCUCUUCAGCCUCCCAGAGCUUCCAGGACCCGAUUCGAAUCCGAAAGCCCUGCCAGGCGGGAGGGGCCUCGCGAGGACCCAGGCCGGAGGCCGUCCCUCUGCGUCACUCUUAGUCCCGAAAGGCGCCCUUCCUGGUCUCCGAGGUUCCAAUUUUCUAUGCAACCCCACACCCCUUGUUGUUUUGAUCCUGAGAAAUAAAAGGGAGGCUGAAUUAUUCAAAUUUAAAUGAGGCUUCCCCAGGGUAGAAGUGCUGCUGACCCUUCGUGCAAAAAUGGGGAGCACUUGAGGACACAGGUGGGUGGAGGCCCUUUGUGCGUGGCUGGUCAGAUUUGGGCAGUCAUCUGUGGCUUUUUAUAAAACCUUGUGUGAGAAGAAUAUAUUGAUAAUGUCAGUGAAAAGCAGACAUUGAAACUGAGGCACAGAUUACUCCAAAAGGAGUUUUUCUGUAUAUUUUUUUCUAGAUGCAAAUACCUUUUUAAUUAUGUUAAUUAAUGUUAAGACUCUAGGCUUACGUGGAAGCUGUGUAUGGGUCCCGGUGUGAUCACUUCUAACUGGACGAAGUCUGCAGCACAUUCCUGAGUGUACGAUAUAGACUUGUAGCCCAGCGUGAAAAAUUUAUAA